UUCUCGCUAAUUCAGCAUAUACUUGUCUCUUCUUGUUUGCCAAGAGAAACAUUUUUCCUAGAAUUUAGAAAUGGUCAAUAAUUUCCCAUACAAACAGAUUUUUUUUGCACUUUAUAUUAAUAGGUGUGAGUUAAUCAGAUGAGCUCAGUGUUUAUAUUGCUAGGAGGCAUACCAAACCCAUCAUUGAUGCAAGAUGAUGAAUAGACAACCCUGUGACCAAACCCUUCUACUAAGACAGAUAAAAAGGAUGGUUUGAUCGCUGAGACAUUUACUUUGCCUCUCUUCUGUGCUCAACCUCAGCAUCAGUUCCAGAAGGACCAUGUCUGUGUCUCGCCAAACAACAUACUCUGUUGGAGGAGCAAAAGGCUUCAGUGCUGCUUCCGCUGCCCCAUCCCUAGCAAACCAUCGCAGCUUCAGUUCAUCCUCGGCUACUCGCUCUAGUUAUGGAGGUGUAAAUAAUUGCCGGGCUAGUUCCGGUGGUUUUGGUAGCACAAGCCUAUACAAUUUAACAGGAAAUAAAAGAAUUUCCGUCAAUGCAAAUUCACAGUCCCGUUAUGGAAGUAAUUCUGGUUUUGGAGCUGGAAGCGGUUCAGGAUUUGGAACCAGUUCUGGGUUUGGUGUCGGUCAAGGAUUUGGUGGGGGUUCUCAGUUUCCGGUGUGCCCACCUGGUGGAAUCCAACAGGUUACGAUUAACCAAAGCUUAUUAGCACCUCUUAAUCUGCAAAUCGACCCAGCAAUUCAGAAAGUGCGCACAGAAGAGAGAGAACAAAUUAAGACUCUUAACAACAAGUUUGCAUCCUUCAUUGACAAGGUCAGAUUCCUAGAACAGCAGAACCAAGUUCUGGAGACCAAAUGGAAGUUUUUGCAAGAGCAGGGAGUCAAGACAGUGAAAAAUAAUAUUGAUCCCCUCUUUGAAGCCUACAUUAAUGGACUGCGGAGACAGCUAGACAGCCUAUCUAGCGAUAAGACGCGUUUGGAUAGUGAAUUAAAGCAAAUGCAGGAUGCUGUAGAGGAAUUCAAAGCCAAAUAUGAAGAUGAAAUUCACAAGCGCACAGCUGCUGAAAAUGAUUUUGUGGUGCUUAAAAAGGACGUGGAUGCUGCCUACAUGAACAAUGUACAGCUGGAAUCUAAGGUGUCUGCACUGACUGAUGAGAUCAACUUCUUGAGAGCCCUAUAUGAAGCGGAACUUGCCCAGAUGCAGACCCAGGUCUCAGACACUUCUGUCAUAUUGUCCAUGGACAAUAACAGAGAUCUAAACCUACAGAGUAUCAUACAGGAGGUCAAAGCCCAGUAUGAGGAGAUCGCCAACAGAAGCAGGGCAGAAGCUGAGUCCUUGUACCAAAACAAAUAUGAGGAGCUGCGGGUCUCUGCUGGAAGACACGGUGAUGACCUCAAGAACACCAAGAGUGAAAUCUCAGAGCUAAAUCGUUUGAUUACUAGACUGCGCUCUGAGAUCGACAAUGUGAAGAAACAGAUUGUCAAACUGCAGGCUGCAAUUGCUGAUGCUGAACAGCGUGGGGAGCUUGCAGUGAAGGAUGCCAAACAAAAGCUUGCUGAGUUGGAGGCCGCACUGCAGAAGGCCAAGCAGGACAUGGCUCUUCAACUGAAAGAAUACCAGGAUCUAAUGAAUGUCAAGUUGGCUCUGGAUAUUGAGAUCGCCACCUACAGGAAACUGCUGGAAGGGGAAGAGAACAGGUUGACUGGAGAAGGUGUUGGGCCAGUAAACAUUUCUGUGGUGAGCUCAAACUAUAGCAGCAGCGGAGCAGGCCAUGGUUAUGGAGUUGGCAGUGGAAGUGGAUUCGCUGUUGGCAGUGGAAGCGGAUUUAAUGGCAGUGGAAGUGGAUUCAGUGUCGGUGGUGGAAGCGGAUUCGGUCUUGGCGGAUACGGCCUUGGUGCUGUUAGUGGUGUCAGUGGUGGACAAGGAAUUGGUGGUGGAAGCUACAGUGUAAACAGUUUAAAACCAGCCAUUGCCUCUGGAAGUGGCAGUAAUUCCAGUGUGAAAGUUGUAACAACAACAUCAUCCUCAACCACCCGGAAGGUUUAAGAUCAUAUAGUACUGAGGGCUGAAGCAUGGUACCCAACCACUGAAUAUUUUGUCAUAGAAAAUUACACAUAGGUUUUAAGAAGUUAAAUUGUUGCUAUCAACAAGCUGUUCUUAUAUUACGUUUUGUAUGGAUUUAAAUAUUGACUAAAAUCAUGCAAACUAAUCCAUAUAAUCCCUUCACCUGAAAGAUAAGAACAUGAUGUGUCCCUGUUGCUUAGAGUAAAGCAAAGUCCUGCUUCCAUUAUUAUAUAUACCAGUGCUUCCAAAAUACAGUCCUGAUGGUACCCUAACAGUGCAUGUUUUCCCAAUCCCCUUGCUGGAGC